AUGCGUAUUGGAUUCCUGGGUCUCGGGGUCAUGGGCACCCCCAUGGCCCUGAACCUAGCCCGCAAAUUUCCCGUCACAGUCUGGAACCGAAGUGCGUCGAAAUAUCCAACUUUGACAGAAGCCGGCGCAAAAACUGGCGAGACUCCAGCAAAAGUCGUCGAGCAAUCCGACGUAAUUUUCACAAUGCUCUUUGACGGCCCUGCAUUAACAUCAAUAUUCAACGACGACUUCAGGGCGGCGCUCCGAGGAAAAACGCUCAUCAACACCGCGUCUGUACCAGUGGAUAUCAGCAAAUAUGUCGCAGACCAAGUGCAAAAAGUAGGAGGCGACUUCAUUGAAAUGCCGGUGAGCGGGAGCAAGAUCCCGGCGGAGCAGGGCCGACUUGUGGGUCUGAUGGCCGGUGAUCCCGACAUCGCGGAGCGGGUCCGGCCAUGUGUGGAGCCUCUCACUGCCGCCGCCAUUUACUGCGGUCCGAUCGGUUUCGGCCUCAAGACAAAGUACGCCACCAACUUGUUUUUGAACAACAUGACAGCCGCACUCGCGGAAUCUUUUAGUCUGGCAAAAGCGCAGGGUCUUGACCUUGAAGCUUUCGGGCAGGUGCUCGAUGCGGGGCCGAUGGCGUCGGCUUAUUCCAAAAUCAAGGUAGCCAAGAUUGUAAACGGGGACUGGGCACCGCAGGCAUCGAUUAAGGAUUGCUAUAAUAGCACUCAGCUAAUAGUAAAAGCUACAGAGGAUGCGAAUGUCCGAGCACCGUAUGCCGAACUGUGCCGCUCGGUGUACAAAGAAGCAGCGGAGACUGGCCUGGGCGAGGACGACAUGAUUGCUGUUUUCAAGGUUUUCCAAAAACAGAAAUGA